AUGGCCGUUGCUUGUCCCGCCGCGGUCCCUCCUCUCCGCCGGCGAUCCCGAACGCCGGCCGAACGUCGGAGCUCGACCGCUCCCUCGAGAUCGCAGAACCUCAUCUCCCUGCUGAGCUCCUGCUCGAGCAUCCAAGAGUUCGCGCCGAUCCACGCUCGCCUGAUCACCACCGGCUCCAUCCGCGACCCUCUCGUCGCCCGCCGCCUCCUCGGCUUCUUCGUCUCCGUCGACGGCCUCGGCCACUGCCGCCGCGUCCUGAGCGGGACCCGUCUGUCGGAGACGGCGCUGUGGAACGACUACAUGCAGGACCAGCUUCGGGACGACUCGCCGGCGGACAUGCUGGCGUCCUACCGUCGCAUGGUCGGUGCAGGGGUGGCGCUGGACAUGUCGACUUUCCACUUCUUGAUCAGCGCGGCCUCGAGGGUUAUGGCGGUUGAAGACGUCGGCGAAGUCCAGGGGCGGAUGCUGAAGUCCGGGUUGGGGUUUAGCGAUUCUUUGAGGAAGAAUUUGAUGGGUGCGUAUGCGAAGGCCGGGAGAUUGCGGGAAGUGUGCCAGCUGCUUAGUGAGUUUCCUGAACGAGAUGUGGUGGCUUGGAAUACGAUGAUAUCUUGUUACGUUAGAAUGGGAAUGUUCAGAGAAUCGUUGGAUUCGAUCGGGCGGAUGUUGGCCGAUGGGGUGGAGCCGGAUGAGGUCACUAUGGUCAGCUUGGUUUCGGCGUGCGCGAAGAUGAGGGAUUUGGAGAUGGGCAAGAAGAUGCACUCGUACAUUGAUGAGAAUGGUAUGGAGAUCGGGGGGUCUUUGUCGAACUGCUUGGCUGAUAUGUACGUGAAAUGUGGGGAUAUGGAGAAGGCGCGUGAGGUUUUGGGUGGUAGCGAAGCCGAGAACGAUGUUAUUUCGUGGACGACGCUGCUAUGCGGAUAUGCGAAAGCCGAUCGGAUGGAUGAAGCCGAGAAGUUGUUUGACAGGAUGACAGAGAGGAACUUGAUUUCUUGGACAACAAUGACGUCGGCCUAUGUUCAGGCCGGUCGAUAUCUGGAAAGUGUCGAGUUGUUUGUUGAAAUGAUGCUCGAGGAUGUGACGCCUGAUGAGGUUGCACUCGUUACCGCUCUCACCGCUUGCGUUAAUAUGGAUGGUUACGACAUUGGAAGAUCCAUCCACGGCUUCAUUGUGAAACACGGAAUGACUGUCGAGGGAAUGCUUGGGAAUUCUCUACUUAGCUUGUACGCAAAAUUUGGUCGGUUGGAUGAUGCCUACUCCAUUUUUCAGCACUUGCCCUGUAAAACCGCUGUCUCUUGGAACUCGAUGUUGGAUGGGUUCUGCAGGGCUGGGGAUGUGGACAAGGCGAGAGGUUUCUUUGAUGAGAUCCCUGAGAAGGAUUUGAUUUCUUGGAACACCAUGAUCGGUUGCUAUACUAGAACUCGCUCGGCUCAAGAGUCGUUCGAGCUGUUCCACCAGAUGCAGAGUUCAGACAUAAAACCGGAUAAAAUCACUUUAGCCAAUAUGCUCUCUACCUGUGCUAGCGUCGGGGCGCUGAGUCAUGGCACCUGGAUCCAUUUGUAUAUACAAAAGAACCGAAUUCAAUUGGAUCACGUUCUGGGAACUGCUUUAGUAGACAUGUAUGGGAAAUGUGGAAGUGUCGAAAAAGCAACAGCAUUGUUUUCAAAAAUUACAGAUAAAAAUGUAUGUCUAUGGACGGCAAUGAUAGGAGCAUAUGCUAUGGAGGGACAAGCGCAGAAGGCGGUGGACCUGUUCUCGGAGAUGGAAGCCACAGGAAUAAAGCCUGACCAGGUCACUUUCAUAGCUCUUCUGUCUGCUUGUAGCCAUGGAGGUCUGAUAGAUGAAGGAUACAAGUACUUCCACAAGAUGAAAAAUGAAUACAGAAUUGAACCCGGGAUUCAGCAUUACGGAUGCAUGGUUGAUCUCCUCGGUCGUUUUGGGCAAUUAAAAGAGGCUCUAGAACUUAUUCAUUCCAUGCCGGUGGAAGCAGAUACUAUUAUUUGGAGCUCAUUCAUGAGGGCCUGCGAAACCCACCAGAAUGUCGAAUUAGCAGAGUAUGCACACAAACGUCUCGUUGAGAUCAACCCUACAAACGACGCAGCUCAUGUUCUUCUUUCGAAGAUAUAUGCAAGAGCCGGAAGGUGGGACGAUGCGAGUUUGGCCAGAACAAAGCUACACGAACUGGGGAUUCGAAAGCAUCCAGGCUGUAGCUUGACAGAACAAAAUGGCACCGUCCAUGAAUUCAGAGCCGAGGACUUCUCAAACUCUCAAUCGCCAGAAAUCUAUUCCAUGUUAGGUGAGAUCGAGGAGAGAUUACAGAAAGAGCGACAUGAAACUUCGAGUCAUCACGGUGAGAGGUUGGCAGUGGCAUUCGGGCUAAUAAGCAGCAAGAAUAGUACCAUCCGAAUAGUCAAUAACCUUCGGAUCUGUGGAGACUGUCAUUCCUUCAUGAAGUUCGUAUCAUUUACGUAUGAGAGAGAGAUUAUACUGCGGGAUAAUUACAGAUUCCAUCGGUUUAGUGCUGGGCAAUGUUCUUGUAGAGAAUACUGGUAA